UAAAAUGUUUUUGUUUCUGUGAACAAUUUUAACUAUUUUGGCAGCAAAAGAACUGGUCAGCGAGCGCAAACAAAUAGCAAAGCAAACAGCUUGCAAAGGUCUUUCAAUGGAAAAGCGGGUACAAGCGGCUGCAAUAUGGCUGUUAAUGCUGCUGCACGGAGCUGCUGUCGCUCAAGGCGGACGUACGCGCGAUAAGAUGUACCAGUCCAUUGUGGGCGCGGGCUGCUUUCGACGCUUGAACGGCACCCAUCAGACUGGCUGCUCUUCCACACACGCGGGCUCAGUGGGCGUGUUGCAUCUGAUUAAUGUCGAGGCGGACUUGGAGUUUCUGCUCGCCAGUCCUCCGUCGCCGCCGUACGCCCCGAUGAUACCACCGCACCUGUUCACUAGACAAAAUCUCUUGCGGCUGAUAGAGGCCGGACCCAAGAACAUCUCAGUGGUGCUGCUGAUCAACAAACCCGAAAAGAUGAAGCAAUUCUCGCACGAGCUGAACUGCCCGAACCAGUACAGCAGCCUGAACAACAGCGAGACGUGUGAUGCCAGCAAUCCAGCCACCAGCUGGAAUCCCUGGGGCACGGGCCUGCUGCACGAGGACUUUCCCUUUCCCAUCUACUACAUAGCCGACACUGAGGAAAUCACCAAGCUGGAGGAGUGCUUCGAGAAGUUCAACAACUUCGACUACGAGACGCAUGCCCAGCGCAGUCUGUGCGCCGUCGAGGUCAAGUCCUUUAUGUCGGCCGCCGUCAGCUCCGAGGUGUGCAUAAGGCGCACCCGUUUCAUCAACAAUUUGAGCGGCAGCAAGUACUGCGAUCCGCUUGAGGGUCGCAAUGUUUAUGCCACUGUAUAUCCGCGCAACAUCACGACCGAUGAAUCGGAAGUAAAUGAAAUUAUAACCAGGGAAAAGUUCAUUUUGGUCAGCUGUCGCCUGGAUACCGCCAGCAUGUUUGAUGGCGUGGGUCUGGGGGCCAUGGACUCGCUCGUGGGACUGGCCAUAUUAACGCAGGUGGCAAAUCUUCUCAGGCAGCUGCUGCCGCCUCAAAGCUCGCUGCCCGAUACCAAGCGUAAUGUGCUCUUUGUGACGUUCAAUGGCGAAUCCUACGACUAUAUCGGAUCCCAGCGCUUCGUCUACGACGUAGAGAGAUUCGCUUUUCCCAAGGCGUCCGCUCACCGCGCUCCCAUCACGUUCGACAACAUUGAGUUCAUGCUGGACAUUGGCACACUGGACGACAUAGCCAACAUCAAGCUGCACGCUUUGAGUGGCACCCCACUCGUUCAGAAGUUGCUGCAGCAGCUCAACAGCUAUGCCCAGUCGCCGCGUUAUGGCUUCAACCUGAACAUCCAGUCGGAAAUGAGCUACCACAUACCGCCCACAUCGGCGCAGUCUUUCCUGCGGCGCGACCCAAGGUUCCCCGCUCUGAUCCUGAAUGCAAAGCCAGCCAAUAAGUACUAUCACUCGAUCUACGAUGAUGUGGAUAACGUGGCCUUUACCUAUGGCAACACCAGUCAGGAUUUCACCUUGCUGCUGGAUGUGGGCGACACCAAGGGCUUCAAGGCUGACGCUCUGCAAAUGAAAGUGCGCAAUGUGUCCUCCAUUGUGGCCAUGGCGCUCUACGAGACGCUCACUGGCAAGGAGUACACGGGCAGCAAGGUGGCCAAUCCAGUGCUGGCCGAUGAGUUCUUCUACUGUUUCCUGAUGUCGGCCGACUGUCCACUCUUCAAGGCCGCAUCCUAUCCGGGCAGUCCCAAGGGUCUGCCCAUGCCUCCAAUGCGGUACGUAAGCGUAUUGGGCGGCCCACAGGAGUCAUCCGGGUGGACCUAUCGUGUGCUGGGCUAUCUGCUCUCGCAACAGCAGCCAAAGAUACCCAAAGACAACUGCACCGUCUUGCCGCUGCACUACUUUGCGGGCUUCAAUGGUGCCGGGGAGUGCCGUCUGACCACACAGAACUAUAGCUCUGCCUUGAGUCCAGCCUUUCUGAUUGAUGACUACGAUUGGCGCUCGGGCAACUACUCUACAUGGACGGAAUCCACCUGGUCGCUGUUUAGUGCACGCAUCUUCCUGCGUCCGUCCAGUGUGCAUCAGAUCACAACGCUCAGUGUCGGCAUUGUGGUGCUCAUUCUCUCCUUCUGCCUGGUGUACAUCAUCAGCUCCCGCUCGGAAGUCCUCUUCGAGGAUCUACCGGCAAGCAAUGCCGCAUUGUUUGGUUGAGGUGUGCACAGCUGUCGCCACAGCGACGUCAUGAUCAUGUCGAGCGACUCAUUACCAAGAAAUCUGCAUGCAAAAAACUGAUCUUAUGCGACUGAAGUUUCUUAGAGUAGUUAGCUAUCGAACCACCAACCCAACUCUUUGACACGUGUGUGCUCUUCUAGGUUACCGCCCCCGACGGCCUGUUAGUGUCAGCGGAUCGCGCAUAAGGAAGUUCUCCCCCACACUGAAAGGGAUCUAACUAAAAGACACUAAAUGAUAUUCUAAUUCUUUCUAAUUUAAACCUUUAGGUAAACCAUUUAUUUGUAUGUAUUUUUGUAUCUUUAAACGAGUAAAUUAGCGACUAUUUUGUAUCAUAUACAUAUAUAUAUAAUAGACACUUAAUCAAACACACACAUCCAGAAGAAACGCUCGUUAAACCCUUCCCGGUCUACGCUCCUCAGUGCCCUGCCCGCUUUUGCAUUGUACAUAGAGACAAAAGAUACAUAAUGUAAAACUCUCUACGGAUGCCAAGGAACACACAUGUCUGUACAAAUAUUGACAAAAUACUGCUGCUAUGUAGGUAUAAUCCUAAGUCCAGGGAGCUACUUAUUCAUACUAACUUCUGCAUCCCCUGCGAUACUGAACGAUACUGAACUUAAUGAUCUGAAAAUCAUAACUUCAUAGAAGACAUAGGCGAGUAAUAACUAUAUUCUAGUAACGACUUUAACUUAUGUACGGUUAAUAAAUUUUGAUAAGGUGUAAAACCAA